AUGGGUUCAUCAACCAUAUUCGUUGUCGACAGAAGUAUCCCCUCACCGGGUUCAUCAACCAAGGGGGUUUUAAUAUAUUCGUUGCCGACAGAAGUAUCCCCUCACCGUCUUCAUCAACCAAGAGAUAUGGGCUUAAUAUAUUCGUUGCCGACAGAAGUAUCCCCUCACCGGGUUCAUCAACCAAGAGAUAUGGGCUUAAUAUAUUCGUUGCCGACAGAAUUCCGGGUUGCAACCAAGAGAUGGAAUAUAUAUUCGUUGCCGACAGAAGUAUCCCUCACCGGGUUCACAACCAAGUAUGGGCUCAUCAAUCAACCAAGAGAUAUGGGCUUAAUAUAUUCAACCAAGAGAUAUGUUGUUGCCGACAGAAGUAAUUUCACCGAUCAACCAAGAGAUGUGGGCUUAAGUAUCCCUCAUCCCCGUUUUGCCGACAAGUAUCCCCUCACCGGGUUCAUCAACCAAGAGAUAUGGGCCACCGUUGGUUCAUCAACCAAGAGAUAUGGGCUUAAUAUAUUCGUUGCCGACAGAAGUAUCCCCACCGGGUUCACCCAAGGUUCAUAUAUUCAAGAAGUAUCCCUCACCGAUCAACCAAGAGAUAUGGGCUUAAUAUAUUCGUUGCCGACAGAAGUAUCCCCUCACCGGGUUCAUCAACCAAGAGAUAUGGGCUUAAUAUAUUCGUUGCCGACAGAAGUAUCCCCUCACCGGGUUCAUCAACCAAGAGAUAUGGGGCUUAAUAUAUUCGUUGCCGACAGAAGUAUCCCCUCACCGGGUUCAUCAACCAAGAGAUGGGCUGGGCUUAAUAUCCUUCGUUGUCGAUUCGUCAACCAGAGAUGGGCUUAA